UGGACCAGUGGGAGGGAAUUCGGUGGACAGCGGACGCUGCACUUCUUUUCGAUCGAUUGCGAUUGAACAGUAUCUUGUUCAAUUAUAUGCUCAAUCAUGUUUCGGCCGUCACGUAUCCUUGUACUUGCACAGUGCAAAGACCAAGUACCGGCGGAAAGCGGCGUAUUCGCACUCUGAUCCUGGCAAUGAAUCAACAGGAGGGCAUAUGGACGCAUAGCCCUUUCCAUAACGUCGACGUAUCUGGUUCUAGGUUUACCCCCUCAGAAUUCCGACGUAUCGGAGCAAGGACUGAGGUUGCCACAUUGCAAAGCCAUCCUUACAAAACCCCUACCCAUGGUGCAUCCGUCAUACGAAUGUUUCAGGAUGGCAAUGUUUCUUGAACUUCUAUGCUAGGUCCACUUAUGUGGUCUGCCGGAGUUUUCCACGAUCCAUGUCAGUCUUUUGUCAACUGACGCCGUAUAUGAAGUAGAGGAUAAGUAGUGCGCCUCUUGCAUGGCCAUCCGUCCCCAACUGUCUCAGACACCAACAGCCAAAUCUUCAGGUCAACUCCUCCUUCCAUACCAUGGCUACUCAAGGAGCUCAGCUACGUAGACAAUGCCAAGAAGUGCGAACAGUCAUGCACGAAAUUGACCGGGAUCUCUCGAACGUGCCAGGUCUCUCUGACUAUCACAGGACGUUUAAAACCAUUGCCACCCAGUUCCACAGCACAAUUCCACCGAGACUUUCAGAGAUUAUUGAGGCGGUCAGAGGUAUCUUGAUUAGAUUUCUGAACGAGAAUGCCGAUCUCAGCCAUGCCCUGAAACCUUUUUCUCGUUCUGGCGUGCUUUCGGGAGGACGCCAAACCGUCACAGCACUGAAUAGACAACUUGAGAGCCUGGCUACUGCGUUGGAGAUGAACGAAGUCCAGAAUUCGAAGCAUAUUCAACUCAAGUUGCAAACCUUCAUUGGCGGACUUACUGGUUUCAAGGACAUCUAUGAUCAGGUGACUGGAACUUUCUCGAAUUGCUCACGCCCAGCUCGCCGAAAGUCUAUCCAGAGCAGAGGAAUACGUGGCUCUCGGCCAGUUUAAUCGGGACGACGCCAAUGACCUUGAAGUGUGGUUGCGGAGUGUUUCUUCCGCUAUCGCGGUAUUAUAAGCAGUGACGUAUAAUAUCGCAUGCUCUAUGUUUGAUGUAACGGUUUCUCUUAUUUGGUUCAUGUGCUGGACCAACACGCGUAUCCCCUCCAAGAGACUUCUCAUUAC